AUGGCUUCCACCGAACAACUUUUCAUCGCCACGCUGAGGAGCGACCGCAUCAAAGAAAUCUUAUUUACAUAUCUCUCCAUCUCAGACAUCUGCGCUAUCCGCAAGACCUCCUCUGCCUGCUGCAAUUUGGUCACCAAGCGCCUCUUCACCCGCAUCCAUGUCACCUUCACACCCAAUACCUUCACGAGGCCCUCGCGCAUUGCUGCACUGGGGCGAAUUGGACAUCACGUUGAGCACUUGACCUUUUGCUUUGCUCACUCGGAUGCGACGUUUCUCCCACCACUGAUCCAUCCAAAGACAGGUGAAGAAAUUACCUUUUCGUAUAAGCCGCUCACCACCAUGGAAUCGGCACUUACACGGCGGCCCAAGUACGCCAACACUGAGCUGGGAGAGAUACUGACCCAGCAGUAUCCUCCUCUGUUCCAUGCCGCCACCAAUGUCCCCAGCUUCAUAUAUGCCAUGGGAUAUAUUCCCAACAUGAGGCAUCUGACCAUUCGUUGUCCCGACCAAGAUCCCCGAGAGAGGUACAGAAGAGACAUUGUCGACUAUGCCCUCAUCAGCGUACGCAUCGCUAUUGAACGCACGCCAAUGUUGAAACUCAAUAAGCUGUCUCUCUCAUCACUCCAUCCCGCUGCUUUCAACUGCCUCAAGUUCAUCAACGGAAUAGGCAGCCUUCCAUCCGCCAAUCGUAGAUGGCAGCAAAUCAAAAAGUUACACAUCACCGUCGAGUCAUGGGACUUUUACGGCCCCUCCCCUGGCCUUGACCAUCUCAAAAUCCUCGAUGACUACAUCCGCUGUUUCUCUCAAAGACUAGACAAAUUCACAUUUGCCUGGAUUGGUGCCAAAGGCCCGUGUCCCAUUGCCUUGUCCGCCGACCCCCUGUUCGCGCCGCCUCGCAGUUCUAAGAAGCUCUUCCACGAGAUCACGUCCGCAAUGUCUCCUCUCCCCGCGCGGCCUCUCCGGUCUCCCAUGCAUUUCCCUAAGCUGCGCUAUCUGCAAAUCCGUAAUGCCGUCAUGAACUCCCCUCAGUUGAAGAGCUUGAUUGCUUCCCAUCAAAAGACGGUCAAGCAGUUUGGCUUUGAGAAUGUCGUCCUUACCAAUAACGAUAGCUGGGAUGAAGCACUGGCAUCCGUAACGAAGAGUGAUGGCGAUUGGUAUCGAAGCAGAGCUGCAGCAUCUUUGGAGUACUUGUCCUCUCCUGUAGCUAGCAUAAGCGAAGAGGGACUGCCCAGUCCAAGUGCGGCAGCUGAGAUUGCUAGCAGAGAGCUGAUGGAUCUGGAUCUAGGCCUCGGUGGUCUUACUUUGGAUGAUAAUGCAAGAUAUGCAGUAUCAGGAUCCACAAAUGACUUGGAUGGACCAAGAGAAUCAGAUACCAGCGUUUCUACGGAGACUACGAGAAGACGUGUUCGUCGACACCACAGAAAGCAUUCCAAGGAAGAAAAGAAGGAACAUGCCCCUGAAUAUCCAUCUCCCCUUUCGCCUCCCUUAUCCUCUCACAGCCACAAAUCUUCCUCCUCUGUGCACGGCCAAAAACCAUCAAAGCUUCGUUUCAGUCUCUCUACCGACUCCAGCCAAAUCGCCUACUCUGCCAUUCCCGAACCGCUGUCCAUCACGUCUCCCAUCAUCUCCUCUUCACCCCAGCCAGUCCUCCUUCAACCGGCCAUCUACUCUCCCUAUUCCCCUCAUCAGGCCGGACCUAAUGAGGGUAUGUCAAGCAUACAGCGCAGCUUGGAAAAAGAACAAAAUCAUCGCCUCUUUGCCGAAGAUGCGGAUGCUAGAGCAAACGCGUUGCAGAAGGCCAAAGAAGCCGUGUUGGCGAAACUCAGCAAAGAGUUUUAUGAGAAGAAGAAUAAGAACAGAAUGGUAGAUGCGGCCUCUGCACGUCGAUAUAUGAAUGCGAGAGAUAUGAGUGGAUGCGGCAGAAAUGUGGUGAUGGAGGAUUGGAGAGCAAUGGAUAGCCGGAGCGCGAUGGUGCCCUUGAUUUACAGCCCGUCUUAA